GGCAGGGCGGCGCUUUCCGCGGAGAGCUGGGCUGAGGACAGGGCGGCUUCCCCGGGCUUCGGCAAACAUGGACAGCCAAGGACGGAAAGUGGUGGUUUGUGACAACGGCACCGGGUUCGUGAAGUGUGGCUAUGCAGGCUCGAAUUUCCCCGAGCACAUUUUCCCGGCGCUGGUGGGGAGGCCCAUCAUCCGCUCCACAGCCAAAGUGGGCAACAUCGAGAUCAAGGACCUGAUGGUGGGGGACGAAGCCAGUGAGCUGCGCUCCAUGCUGGAGGUGAACUACCCCAUGGAGAACGGCAUCGUACGUAACUGGGACGACAUGAAGCAUCUGUGGGAUUACACCUUCGGCCCCGAAAAGCUCAACAUCGACUCGCGCAACUGCAAGAUCCUCCUCACCGAGCCCCCUAUGAACCCCACCAAGAACCGGGAGAAGAUCAUUGAGGUGAUGUUUGAGACGUACCAGUUUGCUGGUGUUUACAUCGCCAUCCAGGCCGUGCUCACACUCUAUGCUCAAGGUCUGCUGACCGGUGUGGUGGUGGACUCCGGUGAUGGUGUGACUCAUAUCUGUCCGGUGUACGAGGGCUUCUCUCUCCCUCACCUCACACGUCGUCUGGACAUCGCAGGCCGAGACAUCACACGCUACCUCAUCAAGCUGCUGCUGUUGAGGGGUUACGCCUUCAACCACUCUGCAGACUUUGAGACAGUGAGGAUGAUGAAGGAGAAACUGUGCUACGUGGGUUACAACAUUGAGCAGGAGCAGAAACUCGCUCUGGAGACCACUGUGCUGGUCGAAUCCUACACCCUACCAGACGGAAGAGUAAUAAAGGUGGGAGGUGAACGGUUUGAGGCUCCAGAGGCGCUCUUCCAGCCACACCUGAUCAACGUGGAGGGGGUGGGCGUUGCUGAACUGCUCUUCAACACCAUCCAAGCGGCCGAUAUCGACACCAGGGCUGAGUUCUAUAAGCAUAUCGUUCUGUCCGGAGGUUCUACGAUGUAUCCUGGUCUGCCAUCUCGCCUGGAGCGUGAACUCAAGCAGCUUUACUUGGAGAGAGUGCUAAAAGGAGACGUAGACAAGCUCUCGAAGUUUAAGAUCCGUAUUGAAGACCCUCCUCGUCGUAAGCACAUGGUGUUUUUGGGCGGAGCUGUGCUGGCUGACAUCAUGAAGGAUAAAGAUAAUUUCUGGCUGACUAGAGAAGAGUACCAGGAGAAGGGCAUGCGUGUGCUGGAGAAACUUGGCGUGACCGUCAGAUAAACCACACACACACGCGGAGAGUCAUGUGCACACACACUUGAAUUAAAUUCACGUACGCAAACACAAACAGGGUGGCAUUUUGGCAGUGUAUAAAUGGGGAAUAAUACAGUUGGAAUAAAAUAUACUUGAUUGUAAUAAUCAAAUACUUGAAUUUUACAGUUUCCAGUCUAAAGUGCUAUUCAGAUGGGAUUAGUUGUAUAUGGGAAGGUGGGCUAAUGUAAUUUCACCACAGGACGUCUGUAAUGUUUAUGACCGAUUGUGCAGGAUAAGAAAUCUCAGUGUAGCCUACAGAGAUUGACCCCUAGACUUACUGUUGUUAUUAAACGUAAGGUAAUAAAGGUUAAAUAUGAAUAAAAAGGGAA